GGUUCUUUAGUGAUAAACAUCACCACCAGUAUAUAUAAUCUAACCCGCGUCUGGUAUUUUAGGCAAAAGCAAAGCCAAUAGCAACUUUACGCAAGCUUUAAUAGUGAGACUAUAGAGGCAGACCACCAUGAGAGCUCAGAUACAGAGAGCUCCUCAGAUUCUGGAGCUGUUAAAGAAAAAGAAGUCUGUGGGGCUCCAGCACUGUAAGCCCACAUCCUCAGUGUGUGUGCUGGACUCCAGUAAGGAGGUGGAUGCUGCUGCUGCUGCUGCUGCGGCUGCUGCUGCUGCUGCGCCAUGCGGGCACUCGCUCCAUGACAUCCCGGGUCCUACCAGCUGGCCAAUUUUGGGCAACUUGAUUGACAUUGUUCGCAGAGGAGGAUUGAAGAAACAACACGAGACAGUGAUGGAAUACCAUAAAACGUUUGGCAAGAUUUUUCGGAUGAAGAUCGGCUCGUUUGAAUCAGUAAACAUUGGAGCACCAUGCCUGCUGGAAGCGCUUUACAGGAAGGAGGGGAACUAUCCACAGAGACUGGAGAUCCCACCAUGGAAAGCAUACAGAGACCUCAGAGACGAGGCUUACGGACUUCUCAUCUUAGAAGGAAAAGACUGGCAGAGAAUGAGAAGCACAUUGCAGCAUAAAUUGAUGAAACCAACCGAAGUUGGGAAACUCGAUUGCAAGAUUAAUGAGGUUUUAGAUGACUUCAUUAAAAGAAUUAAACUGAUUAAUGUUGAUGGAAAGAUUGAUGACUUGUACUUUGAGCUAAACAAGUGGUCCUUUGAAACUAUUUGCUCUGUGCUGUAUGACAAACGUUUUGGGAUCCUGCAAGAAAAUGCCAAUGAGGAGGCAGUUGAGUUUAUCACCGCGAUAAAAACGAUGAUGAGCAUGUUUGGCAGAAUGAUGGUGACUCCAGUUAGUCUUCACAAGAGGUUGAACACAAAGACAUGGCAGGACCACACAGCUGCCUGGGACCGUAUUUUUAGUACAGCCAAAAUCUACAUUGACAAGAAACUGAAGAGACACUUAAAUGGACAAACCGAUGGCUUCCUUAGUGAUGUCUACAUCAGCAGUCAGCUCACCAAAAAGGAGCUGUAUGCAGCAAUAACUGAACUCCAGAUCGGGGGUGUGGAAACGACUGCCAACAGUGCAUUAUGGGCCAUUUUCAACCUUUCAAGGAACCCACACGUUCAGGACAGGCUGCUGAAGGAGAUCAAAGAAGUGGUACCUGAUGGACAGGCUCCAACCGCUGAGCAUAUUAAAACCAUGCCUUAUCUUAAGGCUUGUCUGAAGGAGUCCAUGAGACUUUCACCCUCCAUUCCAUUCACAAGCCGGACUUUGGACAAAGACAUGGUGCUGGGAGACUACUCAUUGCCUAAAGGAACUGUUUUGAUGAUUAACAGCCAGGCUUUGGGUUCUAAUGAGGAAUGCUUUGACGACGGGAAACAGUUCAGACCGGAACGCUGGCUUGAGAACAAAACCUCUAUCAACCCGUUCGCACAUGUACCUUUUGGCAUCGGCAAAAGGAUGUGCAUCGGCCGGCGGCUGGCUGAGCUACAGAUACAGCUCGCUCUGUGCUGGCUAAUUCGUAAUUAUGAGAUUGUGGCAACAGAUAAUGAGCCAGUGGAUUCUGUACAUACAGGAACACUGGUGCCCAGUCGAGAACUUCCCGUGGCUUUCAGGCGCAGAUAAGCGCUUGUGCUCCAGUCUCACUUGGUAAUGGAUAACUCCAUAGCCUUUCCAAGAGGUUUCAAGAAGGCUAGAUUUUGCUGCUAUGUUGCUGUUAACUUUUAAAAUAUAUCUUUCAGAAUGUGAUUACCUAAGAUAUACCUCAGAUUAUAAAUAUUUAGUUUACCUUGUACCUAAUUAUGUAUUCCAUGUUAUAAAUGAGUAUUAUCUAUUUAUUAGUUUAGAUGACCACUGUCAUUAAAGUGUAAUUUUGUAAUAAGUACCACAAACUGUAUAAUUGUAUUAAAGUGUAUUAUUAUAUAGCCUUGCAUGUAAACUAUUUUAUUUAAGCAUUGGAAUACACGUAUGUAAAUCUAUGUAAACUACAGUAUGUAAAACAAUGAGUGUGUGAUGUUUGUAUGUUGAUAAUACAUUCUCGUAUAUUACAAAUGAUCAAAUAUUACAUUUAUAUAUGUAAUACUUUUUGUAUAUAUUGCAUUUACAUGUUAUUUGUUUACUUUGUAAGUAUCUAUACAUUUUGUCAAAAACAAAGAAAUAAACUUAACAACUUUAAUAAAACAA